CUGACUUAAAGAGACAGUUAAUGUCUCUACACUUAAAAAAUGAGCUUUUGUCCAUUCAGUCUAGUUUAUUGUAACUUCAGGAAAUGAGCGGGAAUUGCUAAUUGUUUUUCACUUAUUUAUUUUAUUGUCGUACAUGUUUUCUUUCUAUCCUCAAGGCUGGAGGUACUGAGAAUCUGGCUUCAUCAUCAUGAGGUCUGAAGGAGUUAGAGCAGUACGUAGAUUAUGAAGCGUAAGAUAAGAAAGUGCUCGGCUUUCAUACUGCGAUGAAAUAGGACGAUCUUGCAAAUAAUUCAGUUCCAAACACAAUAUUUAAAAACCAGACAAUUAGAGAUUUUAAAGUUCAGACAAGUUAACGGCAUAAUGGGAUUCAGAAAAGGAAAUUCUGCAACAGAAGAUGGAGCACAUCCUUCUGUUAGGAGAUCAGCUAGCACUCACCAAGUUGUGAAGAAGAAUGCUACACCUUACCCUAAGAGGAUGCACUGAGAAUUGGACUGUUCAGACUACUUUGAAUGUGACAGUCUGGAUCUUUGGCAGGAAAACCAACAACUGCACAUCAGAUUUUGGGGGGAUUAACCAAGAAAAAGUGGGGGAAAAAACCACCUGAUAUUUUUUCACAAAAAGCAUUUAGCUGCCAUUUAAAAAAAAUGAGUAUUCUGUCUUCAUUCAUUAAAUUUGAAAAUCUACAUGAGCUGAAGCGAUUGUGCCAUUGGGGUCCUAUCAUAGCCCUGACAGUAAUAGCUGUGUGUUCAACAAUGGCUGUUCUGGACUCCAUCAUUUGGUUUUGGCCUUUAGACUCCACCGGUGGAAGUAUCAAUUUUAUCAUGUUGAUAAACUGGACUGUUCUUAUCCUCUAUAAUUACUUCAAUGCCAUGUUCGUAGGUCCUGGCUACAUUCCCCUAGGAUGGAAACCGGAGAACCCACAGGAUAUGUGUUACCUACAGUUCUGCAGAGUUUGCCAAGGUUACAAAGCCCCAAGGUCACAUCACUGUCGCAAGUGUAACAGGUGUGUGAUGAAGAUGGAUCAUCAUUGCCCAUGGAUUAACAACUGCUGUGGUCACCUCAACCAUGCCUACUUUACUAGCUUUUUGCUGUUGGCCCCACUUGGGUGCAUCCAUGCUACUGUUAUUUUUGUAAUGACUAUGUACACACAGCUGUAUGAUAGGAUAUCGUUUGGGUGGAGCUCUGUGAGGAUCGACAUGAGUGCUGUCAAAAGAGAUCACCGGCCCAUCAUUCCCUUUAGCGUCUCAGCCUUUGCUGCAACUCUGUUUGCCUUUGGGCUGGCACUUGGCACUACAAUAGCAGUUGGCAUGCUGUUUGUCAUUCAGAUGAAAGUGAUUUUAAGAAAUAAAACCUCAAUAGAAGCUUGGAUAGAGGAAAAGGCCAAAGACAGAAUACAAUAUUACCAAACAGGAGAAGAGUUCAUCUUCCCCUAUGACCUGGGAAGCAAGUGGGAGAAUUUCAAGCAAGUAUUUACAUGGUCAGGUACUCCAGAAGGAGAUGGUGUUGAGUGGCCAGUUCAUGAGAAAUGUCACCAGCACACAUUAACGAUUGAACAACUGAAACAGAAGGCUGAUAAAAGAGUCAGAAGUGUACAGUAUCGAGUGAUCGAAGACUAUAAUGGUGUUUGUUGCCCACUCAGUAAGGGAGUGAAAACAUUCUUCACAACCCCCUGCACUGAGGAGCCUAGAAUUAAACUGACUAAAGGAGAGAUGAUCUUUGCCACCAGGAGCAUAAAAUGGUGGAUGUAUGGAGAUAAGGUGCUUGGUGAGGAACAGACAAAAGCUGGAGUUCGUAUCCGAGGGUGGUUUCCACGGAGAUGUGUUGAGAAAUGCCUUUAUGACACAGCAAACGAUGCAGCAAUGAAUGAGGAGAAAAAGGAGAAGUGAUUUUUUUUUCUUUUUGGUGGGGAUAUUGAGAGGGGUUAAUAUCUGGACACAUUUUAUUUGGUGGUUUUUGACAUGUUCUUUUGACAGAACCCCUUACUUGAACCUUUUUCUCUGUUAUUCUUGAAUUAUGCAAUUUCUCUGCUUGUUUGAAGCAGGGUUUUGUGCGGUUAACUGUAUUUCUUUGUACUGUGCGAAUACAUUUUUAUUCUAUUUUGUAACACAACCCUCCAUUGUAUGCCUUUGGAUUUUAAAAAAUUAAAUCAUGUUGCACCCCUGGA